UACGUAUUUGAUCGUCGCUCAUUUUCAAUGUUUUGUUUCUGACAGAAAGGACAGAAUAAGUAUCCUUGCCAAAGCCGGAAUGUUCGAUAGAAUAAAUAUUAAAGUUUUGGGGGUUCUAUUGUAAAAUCUAUCGAUCGAAGGACAUGUUCCUUGCCGAUACCGGCGGCGUUUUAACUAGCCAAUUUUGUAAAAACGGCUAUAUUAAUGUAAAACGUAAUUCAUGGUUCGGUUUAAUAACUUUCCAUUUAAGAUAUUUAUCAUCAACGGAUAAAGGAAUACUCGGUAAAGAAAAGGCGGCCGUCAAGGAUUGCAAAACUUUAGACGAAAAACAAAUAAAGAAAACGAAAAUACAAGCGUUUCGCAUAUACCGAUGGAAUCCAGAAAAGCCAAAAGUAAAACCCCAUAUACAACAAUACAACGUGGAUUUAAUGAAUUGUACUGGUACCAUGAUAUUGGACGCUUUAAAUAUUAUCAAAGCAGAUCUCGAUCCAACUCUAUCCUUUCGAAGAUCUUGCCGUGAAGGAAUUUGUGGAAGUUGCUCGAUGAACAUCAAUGGUGUUAAUACUCUAGCUUGCAUCACAAAAAUAGUACAUUCAUCGAAACCGAUUAUUAUUUAUCCUUUACCACAUACCUAUGUAAUCCGAGAUUUAAUUGUGGAUAUGACACAUUUUCUUAGCCAAGUUCAUUCAACUGAACCAUUUUUAAAACGUCCCGGAGAAGGCAGCUUUCUUGGUUUAAGACAAAUCUUACAGAGUCAGAGAGAUAGAGAUAAACUUAAUUCAUUAUACGAGUGUAUCCUUUGUGGAUGCUGUUCAUACUCGUGUCCUCCAUAUUGGUGGUUAGGGGAUAAAUAUUUAGGACCAGCUGCUCUUUUACAGGCAUACAGAUGGAUAAUGGAUUCACGAGAUAUGGCGUACAAAGAGAGGCUUAGUAAACUAAAAGAUUUUUAUUCGGUUUAUCGAUGUCACACCAUCUUUAAUUGUACUAAAACAUGUCCGAAGGGUUUAAAUCCUGGAAAUGCAAUAGCUCAAAUAAAACGACAUCUUGCUGGACUUACGUCUAAAGAGGAACCGGAUUUAGAAACACCAAUGCCGAAUCCUUGUCCUGAUGAAGAAGACAUUUACUCUUGUAGAAAGGAAUGAUGAAUAAUGCAAUAUCGAUGAUCCUCAAAUAAAACAGUUCAUGUCGAAUUAUAUAUUUUUUGGAUGUAUGAUAUACCAACUAUACUCAAGUAAAAACAAACAUAAACAUAACGCAACAAAACAAAUUUAUUGUCACAUAUGCUCGUAUUCUAUUAUGUGAAACUUCGCUUAAAUUAUUUAUAAUGAAAUGAUACAAGAUAUUUUAUUACUAUGUCACGAUGAAAGAAAACCCACUAUAAAGUAGAUCAAACUUUUAAAUUAAUUAAAAAUAUAUGCAAAACAGAGAUAACAUAAGAUGUUAGAGAUAAAGGUUUCUUUCUAUGUCAGAAUUUUAAUACAUAUUUCUAUUGACAUGAUAAUGAGUCAAAAUAAAAUACAUGAACUAGAAA